GCGCUUUGUGUAGUGCGAUGCAAUCGGCAGUUUAAUGUGCAGUGGGUGGAAUCCAGUGCCAUAUAGUAAAGCACUCAAUGUGAUUUUCAGUGGGUGCUGCACUGUGGUAUAAUGUGAUGUGUAGUGUGAUGGAAUGGUCGAGCCGACAGUUUCACACGUUUUAAACUGAUGAAGCUUGAUUCUUCUCUUGUAUUUGGGGGGGAAAGCAAUGCAAACUCAGUCCAAAUACAUUUUUAUUUCAGUUCUAGACCACAAGCUGGUGAGUGGAAAAGUUCAUUUUGGUCACAAAUCAUAAGAAGAGGGAAGCAAGUGGGUAAUGUUGACUUUUAAUAUGCACCAGUGGACAGGAAAUACACACACACACACACACACAGACACACACACACACACACAUUUGCAUUGAUACUGCAAAUGAGCAGAUACGAGAAGGUGCCGAGUGGCUGAUAAAGGGGACCAACAAGUGAGCGAGAAACAGGAAGGUGCAUUUGGGUGUGUGUGUGCGUACCUCAGCAGCUUCUCGACACCACAAGUUGGAGGCACAGAAAAAGUGGCUGUUCAUCAACUCUCACAUUGAGUGUAUAUCUGCGUCAUUUGUAUUUGCAUCCUUGAGUGUAUGUGUGCCCGUGAGCAAUAAUUCAAUCGAUUGAUGGAUCUUCAACACCGAGAGGAUUUCUCCACCAAGAACCCUCAGGAUGACUUUGAGAUCCUGCUGAAGGUCGGGUGGGGAACCUAUGGUGAUGUUUACAAGGCACGUAAUAAGCAGACCGGGGACCUGGCAGCCAUUAAGAUUAUUAAAACCGAACCAGAGGAUGACUUUUCUACCAUCCAGCAAGAAAUACUCAUUGUGAGGAGCUGCAAACAUGCCAACAUUGUGGCUUAUUACGGCAGCUACAUACGGGUGAACAAACUGUGGAUCUGCAUGGAGUUCUGUGGUGGGGGCUCCCUGCAGGACGCCUACAGCGCGACCGGUCCUCUGUCAGAAGCACAGAUUGCGUAUGUCUGCCGAGAGAUGCUUCAGGGUGUGGACUACCUUCAUGUACAGAGGAAAAUGCACAGAGAUAUCAAGGGUGCUAACAUCCUCCUCACUGACCAUGGCGAGGUGAAGUUGGCCGACUUUGGAAUCUCUGCCCAAAUCACGGCUACCCUGGCUCGCCGGAUGUCCUUCAUUGGGACGCCAUAUUGGAUGGCACCAGAGGUGGCAGCGGUGGAAAUCAAAGGCGGUUACAACGAGCUGUGUGAUAUCUGGUCGGUGGGCAUCACCGCCAUCGAGCUAGCAGAGCUGCAGCCACCCAUGUUUGAGCUCCAUCCACUCCGUGUCCUGUUUCUUAUGUCCAAGAGUGGUUACCAGCCUCCCAGACUGAAGGACAAGGCAAAAUGGUCGUCCAUGUUCUACAACUUUGUGAAGGCUGUGCUGGUGAAGAACCCCAAGAAGAGACCGAGCGCUUCCAAGAUGCUCUCACACAUGUUUCUGAGCCAGCAGAGCCUGAGCCGAGCGCUGACUCUGGACCUGCUGGAGAAGUGUCGACACCCUGAGAAUUUCUGCCCAGCAACUGAUGAUGAUGAAAUGGAGGUGAGUGUGCCCGGAUCUUUGAAGAGGAUCCAGUCUAUCAGCAAAGACAACUGGGUAGAGAGGAAAUACUCAGACACCAAGUUGGAGCACAUCUACUCUCAGAGGCCUCUUAAGAAAGAAUCAGCAAAUACUACUAUGCGUUCAGGAAGCUCACAUGGCACCAACACACAUCCACUGAGGGACAAGGACUCAGAUUCUUCAGAUGACGACUAUGAUGAUGUGGAUGCUGUCACAAUGUCAGCGGACCAAACGCCACCUCCACUUCCUCCCAGGCCCAAAGUGCGUUCGAGCUCAGAGGAACUAAUUUGGGUAGAAGACGAUGGUGCUGUAAAACUCUCUUCACUGUGCGUCCCCUCGCCCCUCGUCAGGACGUCUAGUGGGACACACGUCAAAGCAGCUCCACACCGGAGACUCACCACACACUCAGACCGUAUGUCCUUUCCGUUGUUAGGCCAACAAAUGGCGCCCUUACCUCCUCAGCUGCCUCCGAAAAGACACCAGCAACCUUCGUCACAGAUCUACUUUAAGAAGAUUUUCCAAGGCUGUCCUCUCAAAGUAAAGUGCACCACCACCUGGAAACACCCAGACACCAAAGAGCAGCACCUGGUUGUGGGCACAGAGGAGGGUAUCUACACAAUCAAACUCAAUAGCUCGGAGGCCACCAUGGAGCUGUUGUAUCCUGGCAAGUGCACCUGGGUCUACAGCUGCCACAAUGUACUCAUGUCUGUCUCAGGGAAAUCCUCACAGCUUCACUCCCAUUCACUGAAGGAACUUUACGAGCAGGCUCGCAGGGACCAAAGGAUGGUGGCUCUGCCCACUCAUCGGCUGUUGCCGAGGAGAUGUGCAGUGACGUGUAAAAUUGCUGACACCAAAGGAUGCAGGACGUGUUCCGUCGCGGACAACUUCCUGUGCUGUGCGCUGGAGUCUAGUGUGGUGCUGCUGCAGUGGUACGAGCCAAUGAACAAAUUCAUGCUGAUCAAGCAUUUUGACUUCCCGCUCACCAACACACUGCGGGUGUUUGAGACAGUGCUGGACCCCCAGCAGGAGUACCCACUGGUCUGCAUUGGUGUCUCUCGGGGGUCCGGUGACACACUGCCUGUCGCUUUGGAGUACAUCAACCUCAACUCGAGCACUUCCUGGUUCAUGCGCACUGACACGGAUCAACGCUACUCAGAUACCAUGCAAGUCAACCAGUUGGACAGCAACUCGCUGCUGGUCCUAUUCGAAGGAGCAGCACACAUUGUAAAUUUAGAGGGGGAACUAAAGAGCGGCCAGCCUCACAAGACCACCUUCUCACACAAUGUGGAAUCUGUAGUGUAUUUGGAGGACACAUUUUUAGCGGUGUGGCGUCACGGCUGGUUAAGGACAAAAAAAGGCAAAGUGUUAGAGGAGAACACCGACCCCAAGAAAAUAUUCCGGCUGGUACAAUCUGACAGGAUGGUUGUUAUGGAGACGCACCAGACCAAGGACCCCUCGGGGCUGUCCAACCUGUACUUGCUGGAGAUUGCUGAGAAUUACGUCAUGCUGCCCUGAUGGCCCGUGAGCAAAGCACUAUGGGACACGUGGCGUUUCCCAGCAGCAUUCAUAAGAUAACUGGAGCCUUGCCCUCACUUGGUGGAACUGGUUUCAGUGGGAUCCAGUCGCGAGAUUGUCAGUCAGUGGUGCAAUGACCGGUGUUGCACGUCCAUGUAUUAAAGUAACUUAAAGUCUCCACAAAAUGACUUGUCCAGUAAUAUGUCAUUGUUUCAUAAAUAAAUUAUAAGAUUCAAUAUUCCAAAAGUUUUAUUGUUUUGAAGAGUCAAGUAAAAGCUAUAAGAAUUUAUAAACGAAUAAAACUGCAAAUAUUUGAGCAGUUGUGGUGAGUGGUUUAUGUCUAUAAAAUAGAGAAACAAAUAGUACUAUUCAUGCAUUAAUGAGGUCAAUAUUACAGUGCAAAUACAAAAAGAUAUUGACAGUUAAUUGUAGUCAACUAAGAGUAUUGUUAUUUUAGAAUAUCGCUGUGUAAAAUGUAGUUCUCCAAAUAAUUACUUUAGUGUUUAAUGAAAAAACUGCUGAAGUACUAACUAAAACUUCUGAGUGCUAUAUUUUUUAAGAGUCCAUGAUUAUCAAAUAUAACGUAGGAAUGCUGUAUGCCAAUUCAAAUAUUGCCAACACUAUCAUUUUAAAUGAUGUCUUUUAAUUGCAAAACCAUAAUCUAAAACUAAUUCAUUCAGAUUAUAUUUUUAAAUUAACAGUCCUUGUUUACACACAUACCAUAAUACAAUACAUGAAAAAGCACCGCCUUUCAUUCUAUAUACAGUAAUUAUAGUUAGACGUAAUUCAAUUAUUAUGAACUUCAACAGAUGGAUUCACCCACAUACAGGACUGUGUCAGUAAUGCUGCCAUCUGUUUCAUUACUUAAGAACAAUAUUGAUUCUGACAACUUAGAUUUUAUCUUCAGUGCUGUGCAUAUCCUGCAGAUGGCUUUUCUCCCUCCUUCUGAAAGAGCACAACUAUAUUUCGUGUUCUGUUCCGAUCAUCGCGGAGCUUCAGCGCACGGAUUGCCACUGCUUGUGCACGGAACACAACGUCCCUCCAACCUGCUGGAGCUGUGGAGUGAAGGAGAGUUUCACUUCUCUCACUACGCCAUGCCACUUAAAGAGAUCAACACACAAAAUACUCCCAUAAUUUUGUGUGAGUUACUUUCAGCUUCAUUACACUUAAUAAAACCAUUUUGUUUCUUUA